UAUUAAACACUUUCCAUAAUUUUUUUCCGCCCAGGGUCUCGCGAUUGACGCCGCCGCCAAUGAUGUGCCAUAUUCAAGUUUGUUUUUCUCUAUAAAGGAACUUGUAAAGUAAUACAUUUGGUUAUUCUUCUGCUUGAAAUUUUAUUUUCCUUCCCAAUAUUUUGUAACAAAAUGGCGGAGUGAAGAUGAUUGUCAUCUGGGAUAUUGCGUCGUGUGGCCUGGUUAAAGUUUACCGACGGUUGAAAGGUACUUUCUACCUCCGUUAUCAGAGCGAACGUUGGUAAACUUCGGCGCGACAUCCCAGAGGAUAGUCGUCUUCAUACUCUUGACCGUGAGAACCUGACACUUCACAAAUUGGCGUCCUGUGCUAUGAGUCAAUAACAUGUUUUUGUUUAUAUCAUCAAAACCUUUUAAUUCUAGUGAAAGAUUAUAUUUGGAGACAAACUGAAAAUAUGGUGGUGAUUCGGGUACCUUUGAACGGAGUGCAUUGCAGCAAAGUCGAUAUAUUUUCUUCUGAUAACUAUAUAAAGGCACAUUUUCAUCCUUUUCUGUUUGAAGUAUUUUUGUUUUCCUCGGUAAAAGAACCUCGGAGUAAGUGUACUGUGGGAGAUGGUAAAAUUGUUUUUGAAUUACAAAAGACGGAAUGUGAUUACUGGGAAAACUUGGAAGCUAAUUUGAGUAAAGAGGAACAGCGGGAAAUGCGUAAGAAGAUUUUAGAAAGAUCUCAAGAGAAUGCAAGAGCUGAGCAGGAAAGAAAGUGUGUGAAAAGAGCAGAGUUGGAUCGGUUAGCUGUGAGACAUCAGAUUGUUAUUGAUGCUAAUCAGCGUAAGCGUAUUGAUGAAAUAAAAGGAAAAGUAAAAGAAAUUGCCAUGAGAGAGCUUGAAGAAUGGAAGUCUUCAAAUCAAACAAAAGAAACCAAGGUUCACAGCUUGGCAGUUUCAGGUUCUGUAAAACAAGAUGUGCCCACUGAGAGGAAGUCAGCAAUCUACAAGAAGAACUUUCCUACAAAUAAAUCCUCACCCGCAGUGGAACCAGAUGAAAAUGUGAAGCCUGUCCCACUCCCAAGACAAAAUGGCACAGUUAAAGUUCACUUCACUGCUAGAGCAUUUCCCACACCACAACGGGAGUCCCAGGCUCCUGAAGAAGAGGAGUGGCUAAAGAAGCAGGCAGAAGCUAGACGAAGAGUCGGAUUUGUGGUGGAGGAUUUGAGUCCAGAUGAACUGGAUCCAGUGUGGCUGAAAGAAAAGGGAGAUAAUUUUUUCAAACUUGGCAACUACCUUGGUGCCGUCAGUGCAUACAGUCAUGCCAUCAGUAUUGGUAGUAAGAUGCCGGCGUUAUAUAUGAACAGAGCUGCUGCUCAUAUGGCACUUGGAAAUCUCCACAAGACUGUUGAUGACUGUUCAACUGCACUUGAGCUGCUAACACCAUGUGUGGAAAUGAAUUCUUUGUCGCGUGCUCGCUGUCAUGCCCGCCGUGGAACAGCUCUGUGCCGACUGGGAAUGAUGCAGCAGGGGAUGGGAGAACUGAAGGCUGCUGUGGCUCUCCAACCAAAUGAUGACAAACAUAAAAUGGACUUUGAGAAGGCUUAUACUUAUGUUGAGGCAGAUGAACUGGAGUGAUAGAAUUUAGUAACUGUCAUAUUCCAUUUGUAACAGUAACCAUUUUGGAUUGAAGGGCAUUGUUAAGGGUUUAACAAUCUGUUGAGAUCCAAUGACAAUAUUGUUCAAAACCAUUAGGAAAGUUCCCAAAAUGUUAUACUACUUUUCUUAUUUUACUAGGAAAUGACAUGCUUGUGGCAUCAUUUCCAUUUGCUCAUCUGUGUCUGCACAGACUCUGGUACAAAAGUCAACCCACAAUACUACAUGAAGAAGAAGUGAUCAUUGUUCAAAUGGGUUUUGAUUGCAGUAAACCUGGUAGCAGAUUUCUCCUAGUCUAGAAGAAACAUCUAAUUGAAUUAGCAACAUGUAAGCACAGCUGGGUGUGACACUUACACACCACAUGACCAUUGAGACUGUAGAAGGGAAUAUUGGUUGUAUGUACUAUUAUUUCAACAGAAAUAGUUAAAUCCUGGUGUGUAUAGAAGAUUAGAAAAAGGGUGCAGUAUGUUGAGUUAAAGUCAGGAGAGAGAGUUUUAAUGACAAUUUGUGUAUUAUUAGUUAUGUCAUAAAAGUGUGCUUUCCUUCGAAUGCUUUAUUCUGCAGUACUAGGGUAUAAUUUUCCCAUAUUUGAGUGCCCUUUUUUUUAAGUGAAAUGUCAUUGCUUCUAAACGCAUAAUGGCCAAUGCUUGUCUGUUUUGCAAUACAUAAUUCAUUUCUGGAAUUAUUUAUAUUUUGUGUUUGAAUUAAGCCGAAAUGUAUAGUCCUGUAAAUUAUCUGUGAAAAUAAAAGUUCUUGAAUUUGAACUACAAA